UACAGAAAUGGACUGUUCCGAAUACCAGGUCCCAUAUGGAUUGGUUCCUGUGAAACUACCAAGGUUAAAAGGAGAUUGGAGCCCGUCAGGCACCGUGAUGGAUGGUAUUUAGAAGGGCUCAGGGCCUUGAAAUUACCCGAGCAGCCGACCGGAUGACUGCAUUUUACCCCGUGCUGUCGGUGCCGAAUCGCCAUAAUUUCCGGAGACCCCGCGACUUAGCCCCGCCAUCAGCCAACUUUUCUCCGUCGCUCAUUUUUCUCUGAUUCUUUCUUUUCUCUCUUCUCUUGCUUCAGCAAGCAUCACUCAAUUGAUAGACUUUCUACUUGUUUGCGACAAUGGUUGAAAGCGUUCUUGACGAUAUCUCUCACCGGAGAUUCAAUCCUCUUCGAGGAUCUUAUAUCUUGGUCUCCCCGCACCGGACCAAGCGCCCCUGGCAAGGACAGCAGGAGAGCCCCUCCAAAACUACGUUGCCAUCCUACGACCCGGCUUGCUACCUAUGCCCUGGAAACAAGCGCGCGCAGGGUGACAGCAACCCAAAGUAUGAAAAGACAUUUGUGUUUGUGAACGACUACAGCGCGGUCAAAGAGGAACAAGCGCCUUAUACCGCCGAUGGCGGCGAGGACCUCGAAUCGUUCUUUCUCAAGGCAGAGCCGGUGACCGGUAAAUGCUAUGUGCUCACCUUCUCUGCGGCCCACAAUCUCACCCUGGCCGAUCUGUCGCCGGCCGAAAUCGUGCCUGUCAUUGACGCUUGGACUGAGCUCUACACAGCUCACCUGUCCCCGAAGUCGCCUUUGGCUGCCGUCGCAUCCGCGACCACCCUGCCUCCGAACUCUCCCACUGUUAGCUUGACUAAGCCCAAGGAACAAUAUCGCUACAUGCAGAUCUUCGAGAACAAGGGUGCCGCCAUGGGAUGCUCGAACCCUCACCCUCACGGUCAGGUCUGGACCACUAGCUCUCUGCCCGAGGAACCGGCAAUGGAACUCGAGCAGCUCAAGAAAUACCGUCAGGAGAACGGAGGCAAGCACAUGUUGGAGGCCUACGCUUCUCUUGAGAGCCGGAAACAGGAGCGCGUGGUAUUUGAGAACGAUGCGUUCUUGGUCGUCUGUCCCUGGUGGGCUGUCUGGCCGUUCGAGACCAUGGUUGUCAGCAAGACACACAAGCGUGCCUUGGUCGACUUGAACGGCAGCGAGAAGGAGCAGCUGGCGGAAGCCAUCGCAGAGGCCACCAGACGAUAUGACAAUCUGUUUGAGACUCAUUUCCCGUACAGCAUGGGCAUUCACCAGGCGCCGCUUGACGGAACUGAGGAGGAAAUUGAGUCAUCGUACCUGCACCUGCACUUCUAUCCCCCGCUAUUGCGCAGCGCUACCGUGCGUAAAUUCUUGGUCGGCUAUGAAAUGAUGGGCGAGCCCCAGCGUGAUAUUACCCCCGAGCAAGCCGCCGCGAGGCUGCGGGGCUGUGGUGGAGAGCUUUAUAGAAAGAAGAUGGAUGCUUAGGAGGACUUGAUGAUCUGGAUUGUAUGUUGUAUACCUAUCUGUUCUUCUGAUAGCGAAUGAUGCUUGUAUCGAAACACUCCGACCGGUAGGAUCCACUUCGAUCGGUAAGUAGGACGAGGUGUUUAACUUUCAUAUGAUGUACUUAUGUCGAAGCGAGAGAGUAACCAAUUAUCAUACCUAAUACUCGCUUGACAGUCAGACCCCUUCUUCGUAUCACGUUCAUAGCAUUCAUGAGGU